GCUUCCUUUAUGUCUCCGGUUCUUUUUGAGAGGUAUGCUCAUAGCUGGCUAGCUAUGUUGUUAAUGUUUGCAGUUACACGUGCUGUUAUUUUCCCGUAAAAUGUUAUUAUUGGGACUCACUUUUAGGCCAGAACUGCUUUGAUAGCAACUAUACUAUUCCGGUUGAUGGUGUUUGAAGGUUCCCAUUUGCCUUCUCUUUAAAGGAAAUGGCUAGUUUGCGAGUAAGAACUGUAGCUAGCUAUGUUCGUUUGUUAGCUAACGUUGGCUAGGCUAUCAAUAAACAGUCUAGGUAGGAAGCCUUUUGCCACAAAAUUGCAAUGUUUAUACGACACUGCAUGAGAUAUAAGGAACUGUAAGGUGAAGUUGGAGCAUAUGUGUAAUUUAAUUUAUCACCUUGUUUUUGUCCUGCUAACGUUAAAUCGGAUUUUCCAACACCAACCAGAUUGAAACCCACUGUUUGUUGGUAUCUACAUCAUGGGAGCUUACCUGUCGCAACCCAACACAGUGAAGUCCUCUUCCAAUGGUGGAAACCAAAAGAUGAGCUACGGCUUUGCGGCCAUGCAGGGCUGGCGUGUCUCUAUGGAGGUAAGAUGAUCUAAAAAAUAUUGCUCGUUGGAUUGGAUUCAGCAGUAAUUCUUUGCCAAUGUUGUCUAAUUACCACCUAACAAGAAUGCUAAGGAUAUGGUUUGGUUUAGACAUCAAUAAAAAGCUGUAAGGGCUGGGUAGUCGUUAUAACUUUAUAAAAUGUGUCAUCUUAGCAAACUAGCUAUAUGAUUCCAACCAUUAAUGUGGCAUAGUUAUUUAAGUCAACACUAAGUUAACUUUGUUGCGCAGGGAGACUUUGUUUGUAGCUAACGUUAGCUGGGUAGGUAAAUUGUUAGCUAGCUUCGAAGUUAACUAGCUAGCUAUGUAGCUAACUUUCCUACAUGUACUGUUAUGGAGAUUCCAAGCAACAUGAGGUUUUUUACGUUACCCUUUAAAGCCACAAUCUGUAAAAUGUGCAUACAAUUUAGACGGUGCCAUCCAAAACGCAAAUGCAUCCCAUUACAUUUUCACAUUCAAAUGGCACUUGUCUAAUUAGUGAUUUAUUAGAUGUAGCUACUGUAGUGGAAGGCUCAAAGAAAUGGCAUUCCAUGAGAGUAACAUGUCUUUGUUUCUUGCGACAGGAUGCUCACAACUGCAUUCCAGAACUGGAUGAUGAAACGGCCAUGUUUGCUGUGUAUGAUGGACAUGGAGGUACUGUGUAUUCUUAUUAUCCCUAAGAUUAACUUUUUUGAGAAUACCUUGAACUUGUUUUUUUUGUUAAUACUGGAGACUAUUAAGCUAGUUGCUUUAAUUUAAGUAAUCAAGACUUUAAAUGCUUUUGUCAUCACAGGUGAGGAAGUUGCAUUGUAUUGUUCCAAGUACCUUCCUGAUAUCAUUAAAGAACAAAAGGCUUACAAAGAUAGCAAACUGCAAAAGGUGAGUGGAAGAAUGCAUAUGGGCUAGGGAAAGGAAUCCUUUUGACAUGGGUAGUUGGACUUGUUGCAUAUGUAAGAUAAUUAAACAGGCCUACCAGUAAGUAAUGGCUACUGGGCACCCUUAAAGCUACUAUGUACCUUUUAUAUGGUAUAUUUACAUUUACGUCAUUUAGCAGACGCUCUUAUCCAGAGCGACUUACAGUUAGUGCAUACAUUUUUUAUUUAUUUUUUAUACUGGCCCCCCGUGGGAAUCGAACCCACAACCCUGGCGUUGCAAACGCCAUGCUCUAACAGCUGAGGUACCUCCCUGCCGGCCAUUCCCUACCCUAGACGACGCUGGGCCAAUUGUGCGCUGCACCAUUGGUCUCCCGGUUGUGGCCGGCUACGACAGAGCCUGGAUUCGAACCAGGAUCUCUAGUGGCACAGCUAGCACUGCGAUGCAGUGCCUUAGACCACUGUGCCACUCGGGAGACACAUAUGUUCUAUGUGAGCUAUUUCUAUGCUUCCCGUUAUCUUUAGUUUUUGCUUCUUGUCCACCAGCUGAAAAUACAAUAUUUUUGGUUAUGGAAAAUAUAUUUCACAGCGGUUUAGAUGGUACAAUGAUUCUCUACACAAUGACUGCUUGUUUUGUCACAAACUGAAAUUAGGCAAACUAUUAGAAUUUAAGCAACUAAGAAAUGGUGGAGCAAGUUCUGCAUAUUGCAUCUUUUAAAUGAUAUUAGAAGUGAGUACCUACCAACUUUGGUUGUAGAUCUUGUGGUCUUUGUCAAACUCUCCUCCGUAGGAGCAUACAUUAUCUUACGUGGGUGGAUGCAUGUCGAUGUGUUUCAGGCUUUGGAGGAUGCAUUUCUGGCCAUUGAUAGCAGGGUGACCACAGAGGAAGUGAUCAAAGAGCUUGUUCAGAUAGCUGGCCGCCCACAAGAGGAAGCACCGACUGAAAAAGUGGCUGAAGAAGAUGAUUGUGAGUAGACUCCAGCAACUGCCCAAGUUUCAUAUGUAGUUGACAUUCCUGUGGCUUGAAUCAUAAACCAUUAUUCAAAACAAAUCAUUUCUGAUUCAAACCCAUGUUCCUUUCCCUCUGUUAGUGGACAAUGAGGAGGCAGAACUUUUGCACGAAGAGGCCACUUUGACCAUUGAAGAGCUGCUCGUCCGCUACGGACAGAACCUCAAUGCACUCAAACACAAGAAGCUCUGUCCGGAGGGCAACAAAGAGUCUGUGGAAGGUGAACCACAUUCCUAUGGGGAGAAGGGCAUCAAUGGAGAAGUGGAGGGUGAGAUGGACAGCAAUAGAAAGGCCAAGGCUGAUAGUGCAGCUGGUAGUGCUGGAUUCUCCAAGCUGCGGACCUGCAGGAGAGCAGGAGGGGACAGCUCUUCAGCGGCAGGAGCAGCAGGGUCCUGUGAAGGAGAGAAGGACACCGGGCCCUCCUGCUCCUCCUCAGCGGCUCCGGCUCCGGGAGACACCAGCUCCAAGUUCUUUGAGGACAGUGACGAGUCGGGGGAAGAGGAAGAUGAGGGCAGUGAAGAGGAGGUGAGGUGGAAGCCUUCAGGAAUUACUGUAACUGGUGGCCAACCCUCCGCUUGAAGAGCUACUGGGUGUGUAGGCUUUUGCCAACACAGUUCUCACUCACCUGGUUAAGAUUAGGUGUUUUGCCAACACAGUUCUUACUCACCUGGUUAAGAUAAUCAUUGUCCUGGUGAGCAGCUAUUGGUAGAAUCAGGUGUGAGAUUCUGAUUGGAGCAAAAGCCUGCAGAAGGACUGCUCUCCGGGAAGAGCGUUGGCCACCUCUGCUGGAUCAGAUUUCCCCCACUGGAUUUGAACAAUUAAAGUCUAAAAGCUGUAAUUUUUUUUUUGAAAGAAUGGUAUGUGGGUUAAUGAUGUAAUUCUGCAGGAUGGCAGUGAGGAAGAUGAAGGUGAAAGCAGUGACGAAGAGGAAGACACUGAAGAAGGAGAGGAGGAUGAUGAGGAGGAGGAGAUGUGCUACCCUGGAAUGGAUGGAAAAGAAGAGGUAGAUACACAGCUUAAUUUAGAUCCUGCCAUAACCCUAAGGGAAACCUAAACCUGAAUGGAGAGCCCUUUAUUAAAAUAAUUUCUGAGUAGCCCUGGUUGUUGAAAGGUUGUAAUGGGGCUAUUCAUGUCUAGCUGGAGUAGUGAUAACUUUUUAUGCCUCACUAAAUGUAUCCUGCCUUUGUUAUGACCUGGAUUAAACAGAAGGUGGCUAUUCUCCAAUAAGAGCUCACUGUUUCUCUACCCCCCCACAGCCUGGCUCAGACAGUGGCACUACAGCGGUGGUGGCUCUGAUCAGAGGGAAACAGCUGAUCGUGGCAAACGCCGGGGACUCCCGCUGUGUGGUGUCUGAGAAGGGCAAGGCCAUAGACAUGUCCUACGACCACAAGCCAGAGGAUGAGCUGGAGCUGGCCAGGAUAAAGAAUGCUGGGGGAAAGGUCACCAUGGACGGCCGUGUCAACGGAGGACUCAACCUCUCCAGGGCCAUCGGUAAAUGGAUCCUCCUCCUGCAUAUCCAAGCCCUGGCAUUGGUGUUUCGAUUGAAGUAUCAGGCAUAGUUUCUAGUAAAGAAUCGCCUUGCUGUUGAAGAAUGGGCAUCAGAUUCAAAGGAUAUAACAGAAUGGCCUUUGUUGUGUUUUCAGGUGAUCACUUUUACAAACGAAACAAGGCCCUUGGCCCAGAGGAGCAGAUGAUCUCCUCAAUGCCCGACGUCAAAGUACUCACCCUCAACCCGGAGCACGACUUCAUGGUCAUUGCAUGCGACGGAAUCUGGUACAGCUUGUUUGAUAGUAGCGUUUUCUCUUAAAUUAGGCCAUACCUCAAUCAAUUUGUGAAAUGGAGCCAAUGCUGAAUUCCUCCUUAAUGAGUGUCAUCCACAGGAACGUCAUGAGCAGUCAGGAUGUUGUGGACUUUGUCAGUCAGAAAAUAAAGCCUAAUGCCAGUGGUGUUGCCAGGCGUCUGUCCUCCAUUGUUGAAGAGGUAAGAUUUUUUUAUCCAUCACUCUCCUGUAAGCAUGACAUUUCUCAUUCUUUAACAAUGAACUAGCUCUAACUGUUUAUUUGGUCUCUGUAGCUACUUGACCAUUGCCUGGCACCUGAUACAUCUGGAGAUGGUACAGGCUGUGACAACAUGACCUGCAUCAUCAUCACAUUCGGCGCUCACCCUGGCAACAGCAUGGCCGACGGCACCAAUAAGAGAAAGCCUGAAGAGAUUGUCCCAGAGAAGAACGGGAAUGACAGCAAGAAGUUAAAAAGCGAAUAGAACUGCCAACAAGUAGAAUAGAGCAAGUCCUUUUCACAAACCAGGACUUUCUCUCUGGAAACUUUUAAAGACAGUGGUCUCUGGAAUAGGAUGAGUUUUAGUUUCAUGUCCCAAGACAAAAGUAUAAAUGGAAAACAAACGUUUUCUUUUUGUGUAAUUGAUUGACUCCUAGUGUGCUGUUUGUCACCACGCCCAUGUUUAUGUAUAUACUUGUUAAUUGAAUACAUUCAUUUUGUUUGUAAUUAUGGAUCAAUGUGACAUUUGGUGCAUACUCUUGACACCAUUGUAAUUACAAAUACAUUUAAAAUGUGAUGAGUGACAUCUUGUCUACUUAUUUUACCAGGACAAUCCCUGUUUGCUUUGGGCACAUGUUCCCUGACAGAACACUGAGAAACAACUCAGCAGUUAAAUAGAUUUAAUCACAAAAUGAUUCAAUUCAUGUAACAUUUUAUACUAGCUGUAUUUAAUGAAUACAUUUUACAUUCCUUGCACUCACUGAUUCCCAGAAAUUAGCCAACCUGCUGAGUUAAGGCCACUUGCUAUUUAUGUCUCUCCUACCUUGGUUUGCACAUCCUAACUUGGUUUCACUAACAACGCCUUGAAUUUUGCAUUACUCAAUUAUAGUCCAGGUUUAGCAAAUGCUUUUGUUAGUGAAUUU